UCGUCAACAAUGUCCGCCAAAACGAAUAUCGACGAAAAAACGUGGCGAUAAUGGCGUCGACGGGCAAAAUGAUCAUCCGAAUUGUGUUUAUGAUUUGCGUGGUUCUUAUGUUAGUCUCGGAUUAUUCCGGGUUGGUAAAUAAGCUUAUCGGGGGUAACAAAAUAGAAGAUUCUAGACAGACUCCACCGAGACCCACCAAUCCGGGCUAUGGUGACUCUAAAGCGGAUAUAGAUAUAGACGCCGAUAUUGAAGAAGACUCCGUCAGGCAUUUAACCGUUCCCGCGUCAAAAUCUCAAAUAUUAAAAACUAUAAAAAACGCUUGUCUGCCAAAACUGAUCUGCGAAUUGACUGCCACCUCGCAGAAAGAAAAACUAACGGAAACCGAGAAAUCUCUACUCGCUCUUUUGAGGGACACGACAAUUAGCACGACAGCGGAGUUGACGUCUAGGUAUCAUUUCGCCGCCCAUAUGGGUCAACUUAUAGCCGGUGUCGACGGAAACGGUUGCCAUAAUUUCUAUCCGACGUGUCCAUUUCCCGGUCUUCAAGUUCUGCAGAUGAUGAAAAAGAUUAGGAUGCGUUAAAAGAAAAACAGCCAUUGUUACGGGGAACCAGGUCAUUAUACGCUACAUACGAAAACAAAUGCCAAAGAGUAUAAACGAGAACAUGAUGAUGCGGUAACGCACGAUAGGAAAACGGAUAUGCCGGAAGGAAUAAUUUGUGAUAUUAAUUCGUGGAUGCGAAUUACGUCGCAGAAAUUUGUAAAAUAAAGGAAUGCGAACAUUUGAA